GCACAUACGACUUUUAUUGACAUUUUUAUGUUAAUAUGAUCUGUCACUAUUAAUUAUUGAUGUUAUACAUCAGGGCUUAUUCAUAGCAUGUUAUAAUCGUAUUUACAUGAUUGGACCUUUAUAGAACAACAAUGUCAUUUUUAACCCACUAGUGAUAUCAUUUCAAUGGACUGUAUAUACAUAUGUAUUUAGAAUAUACAAACAUACGUCUGUAGUUGAUGCAUGAAUAUUACCCAACAUAACAACAUAUCUUAAUACAUUUUUGUUACAAACAAUUCCUUUUAAAUCUCAUAUUUUGUGUAUUUGAAAUUGAUUUUAUAUGUGACAGCAAUAUAUAUAAUGUUUUACAAUAUUCAAACAAAAUAUCCUCAUCAAGGAAAUACGAACAGUCAGAGGCUUACAAAAAUUUAAAAAAAUAUCCUUGGGUUCGUUUCAUAUAUCUCAUUUAAAAAAUAGACGUGUGUGCGAUUAUUUAAAAUGUUUACACUAAGUUCCCCGAACGGAUGACUUAUAAUAACAGAAAUGGGUAAUGUACGUCACGAAAGGGACACUCCGGAACAGUUGAACAGGUCGUCUAAUGAUAGUAAGUAACGCUGUCUACCUACUGGAUUGAGGAACUAAACAAGUAAAACUUUUACUCUGCCUUAAGGUCAGUUCAAAUUUAAUCUUUCAUUGACUUCAGUGGUGGUUAGUGGUAUUGUGGUUUGAAUACUGUCCUACGGCUUGUAUUAUAUUGUCAAAGGAGUUGAACAUAUCCAUUUAAAACAAAACAAGGACAUAAGUACUAGAAAAAAAAAUCAGAUAUUGUCUAUUACUUGAAAUAAUAGUUUCAUCGUGAAAAUGAACAUGAUAGAAACUGCUAAUCAAGACGUUAUUGACGCGCAAUUGAUUUCCGUAAGUCAACUGAGUUCAGUACGAUUUCAGAAUACUGAUGGCACGUAACACCUGCAUGCAUGGCACUGGGAACAAAGGUCAGGGUCAUUAUUUAUACCGAUAACGAGGGAAUCAUGUAUGCAUUGAUGACGUCAUUAGCAGCAGAAAUCGGUUAAAGAGUAUGGCUUCAACGAAAGUCAGCUUGACAAAAUCACAUGACCCAGUCACACAAUAAACUAGGGUAAUUUUUGAUAAUAUUUAAAACGAGACGAAAUGUGUUCGAUAACGAUGAAAAAAGACACUUAUAUAAUCUUUACAUGUGUGUAUAUUUAAAAGAAAUGUAAUAUGUGUUCCAGAGGGAAAUGAGAGGACGUUGAUUUUAAAAAUGUCCUGUUGGCAUUUAAAUACAUAGUUUCGUGCAUGACUACGUAAGGGAACAGAUUGACAUGAAUGAACGUGUCUGUUGUUUAAUCAAUAUAUAUAUAUAUAUAUCAGUACAGGUACGAACACAACUGAUUACAUACGUACAUAUGCUUCUAUAUUACACAACCGAUAACAACUUCGUGAAGUCUGAGACCAAUAGCAAUAGAGACUCAUGGCCCAAAAGAACCAAACGGUGGGGAAAGUAACUGCAGCCGCCGGAAUUCAUACAUCAAAUGAUAUUCAGAACGUUGAGUUGCCGACAGCGGGAAGAUUUGACAUUCCAGAGCCUUCCCCGGAUGCAAUCAACGUCAUUAGUAUGAAUGGAAGUGGUCCAGGUGACGGGCCAGGUACUGCACUCAGGACCAGAAAACUAAUUGCUGACGUCGUAAUGUCUAAUGAGCCUGCCAUUGUCUUUUUUCAAGAAUUCAAAUGGAAGGGGAUCAGAGGUCGUGCUUGGAAGGACACUCAUUUACCUGGUCACUAUGAAUACAAGGGCCACAGGCAAGCCAGUAUCAUGUACGAUAAUAGACGUCUUAAACUUAUAUUACAGGAAACAAAUUUACAGGAAACUUUGGACGAAAUGAAAAGGAACGGUAAAGUGGAAAAACAUUUCAAACCUUUAGCACGUUGUAGUAUACAACUUUUGGAAGCAAAGAAACCAAUUAAAUUCAAAGUUCUUGUUGUGUCAUGGCACGGGUUUCAUAAGAAGUCAAUAGCAAUAAGGAAGAAACAGUUUCAAGAUUUGCAAAUCUAUUUGAAGAACCUCUCUGAAUGUGAAAAUGCGCCUAUUCUUUUGGGUGGAGAUUUCAAUAUCGAUAUGUCCCUCGUCGUCAGCAGUGUUUUACCCGAGUUCAGUCUUUAUCAGUACAAACCAUCAGACCGACGGGGAAAAAAACCCAUCAUAGAUUACUUCAUAGCUUCUCGAGAAUUGGAUCUUGCAGAUGUAAGGUCUAUUGAUCUUACCGACACAAAGGGUGCAAAAGACGAUCCAACUAAAACAAAUGAUGAAAAAGAUGAUCCUACUAAAACAAAGGGUGCAAAAGAAGAUCCUGCUAAAACAAAGGGUGUAAAAGAUGAUCCUACUAAAACAAAGGGUGCAAAAGAAGAUCCUGCUAAAACAAAGGGUGUAAAAGAUGAUCCUACUAAAACAAAGGGUGCAAAAGAAGAUCCUGCUAAAACAAAGGGUGUAAAAGAUGAUCCUACUAAAACAAAGGGUGCAAAAGAUGAUCCUACUAAAACAAAGGAUGUAAAAGAGGAUCUUACUAAACCAAAUGGUGCAAAAGAUGAUCUUACUAAAAUAAAGGGUGCAAAAGAUGAUCUUACUAAACCAAAGGGUGCAAAAGAUGACAAAGAAAAUGAUCUGUACCGUUUGUUGGAUCACGACCCAAUCUCUGCAAAGGUGUCCAGGGGAAAGGCGCCGGAGAAAGUUACCAUAAUAUACCAAAGACAUUAGCAUCACGUGAGAUAGAAGCUAGUGAACGAGCAAGCUAGACUUACUUAAUGUCAUUCUUUUAAUCAUAUUUCCUCUUUUUGUCUUAGGGAUACUCGUAUCACUACUAAACACUGUAUCUACACAUUGGACACUGCCUUUUCUGGCAUGACUAUAGCCUUGAUAAAUCAUUUUUGAAAAGAACCUCAAUACCCUUCAGGACUUUCAUGAAGAAAACAAAUAAAAAAAGGUAAUAUUAUCGACAACGAUGUUCUGAGUGCAAACUAUUAACAAGGCUACUCGGGACGAGGACCUAGUCAGUCGGGUGUUACAGAGCUCUGAGAAAUUACUGAUAUUUUGAGACCAUGGACUAAGCGUCGUGGCUGACUACUACUCAGCUCUUGUCUUUACCUGGCCUAUAUGAUAUACAUGUGUAAGGACAUGAACCUGAGAGACCAGUGAUAUAAUGUGGGAUUUACAAGUAUUACAGUUCUGUAUCUGUCAACACUUCCAAUAUGCCAGCCGGUAGUAGAACACAACGAGGACAGAGUGCCAGUAACAGGACUAGUGGAAUUGGAGUAAGUCAAACAUGUUUGAAAUCAACGGUUGGACGAAAUCUACGUCAAUUUGAAAACAUUGAUUACCGAGGAGCUUCUGGAUCGGAAGUUAGAAAAACUCAAGGCUGAUAUCCAACGUGAACAUGCUGAGCGAAUCGCACUCCUGGAAGAGAGAAUAAAAGACCUGGAAAUCGAAAAUGAGGACUUGAAAGUCACA